AUGUUUUGUCUCUUCUAUGAUAGUGCAACGAGGAAGGUGCAUGGGCUAAAUGGGUCGGGACGUGCUCCAAUGAGUCUGACUCUUGAGACAGCUCGAAGGCGGCUGGCCAUUCCAGACCAUGAGCCUGGGAACAUUCCACUCAAUAGUGUUCUGGCAAUCACAACGCCGGGUGCAGCUGGUGCAUGGGUGGAUACUAUCGAAAGAUUUGGGAGUGGGAAUCUGUCUCUUGAACAUAUCUUGAAGCCUGCAAUUUCCCUUGCCGAUGAUGGGUUUCCCGUUUCGGAAGUAUCGGCGCGUUUGGUAAGUGCUGUGAUUGACUCGUAUCUAGAUAGAUGCUGA